UCUUCCAUAGGGUGUUGUCACCGUACAAGAUUACCAAGGUUUUGGAUAACUAUACCGAGAAGAUGAAUACUUUUUCACAUGUACCCCCUGGCUUUAGAUUCCACCCCACGGAUGAAGAACUUGUCGAUUAUUAUCUUAGAAAGAAGAUUGCUUCAAAAAGGAUUGACCUUGAUGUCAUCAAAGAUGUUGAUCUUUAUAAGAUUGAGCCGUGGGAUCUUCAAGAAUUGUGCAAAAUAGGAACUGAUGAUCAGAAUGAAUGGUACUUUUUUAGCCACAAAGACAAGAAGUACCCUACUGGAACUCGAACCAAUAGGGCAACGAAAGCCGGAUUCUGGAAAGCUACAGGAAGAGAUAAGGCUAUUUACUCAAGGAACAUCCUCAUUGGCAUGAGAAAGACCUUAGUCUUUUACAAAGGCCGUGCUCCAAAUGGACAAAAGUCAGAUUGGAUCAUGCAUGAGUAUCGACUAGAAACUAGUGAGAAUGGAACUCCUCAGGAAGAAGGAUGGGUUGUGUGUAGGGUGUUCAAGAAGAGAUUGGCAACAGUGAGGAAAAUAGGUGAUUACGAGUCACCAUGUUGGUAUGACCAAGUCUCAUUCAUGCCAGAACUUGAGUCUCCAAGGAGAUCAAUUUCCCACCCUUAUGCCUCACCAUAUAACCAGCAGCAGCAGCACUAUUCCCAGUGCAAACAAGAGCUUGAUUUGCAGUACAACAUGCCACAUCACCACCACCAUGAUUCUUUCCUCCAUCUCCCUCAAUUAGAAAGCCCCAAGGUUCCUCAGUCAGCCCCAUAUGGUUCAAUGUUGCAGUCUUCCACACUCACACAAGAGGAGCAAUUGCAGCAGCACAUCAAUCAGCAGCAAAACAUGUUCAACUCAUCGUCAUCGUCAUUGGUGCUUUACAACAAUAAUGAUCAGCAAUCUGUUGAUCAGGUGACCGAUUGGCGUGUGCUCGACAAGUUUGUUGCGUCGCAGCUGAGCCAGGACCAGCAAGAUGCUUCCAAGGAAGUUACAAAUUACUCCAAUGCAGCAUCAAUGUUUCAUGUGGCCAACAUGCUGGCCAAUGAGUCUUCCAGAAGGCCAGACAAUGAAAAUUUAGGGCAGGACUAUGCCUCAACAUCCACCUCUAGUUGCCAAAUUGAUCUGUGGAAAUGAUCAGAACAUGAAUAUUACAUAUAAUUAGCCAAUACAUGAUACUAAUUAAUCGUAGGAGGUACAGUACUUCAAAGGGAUCAA